GAAACCAAAAUCCACCCACAGUCUCUGUAGUGAGAGAAAGUAGAGAGGCGAAGUCGGCUUCAUGCUCCAAUUCAAGGGGUUAUAAAUUAGGGUUUUAACGGCGAUUUUUGUUGAUCAGGGACUUUGAGGUUACACUGAUCCUAACAUCCAUCUAUCAACAAUGGGGAAGUCUCCUGGAAAGUGGAUCAAGACUCUGCUUUUUGGGAAGAAGUCAUCAAAAUCUAACCUCUCAAAAGAUGCUACUUUAAACAAAAAGACCCCCAUCACUAUCAACUCACAAGCAAAGGAUUUUAGUGCUGAUUCUGUGGUGAUUUCAAGUCCGGUGCCGCCUGUCAUCGACGCAAGCGGAGAACAUACACAACUGGAGAAGAGCUCCAGCGCCAACUUAACGGAUGAUACAGCCGAGAAUGUAAGAAAUACUCUGGGGUUAAAUACUGCAAAUGAUGACGAGUUAAUCAGGCUAGAGCAGGCUGCUACAAAGGCACAGGCAGCUUUCAGGGGAUACUUGGCUCGUCGGGCAUUUUGGGCCCUCAAGGGCAUCAUAAGGCUCCAAGCACUAGUUCGUGGUCACCUGGUCAGGAGACAGGCCGUUGCUACUUUAAGUUGUAUGCGUGCGAUUGUUGAGUUUCAGGCACUUGUUCGUGGCCAAAAGGCCAGACUUUCUGAGAAUGGUCAAAUGCUUCAAAAGAAAACUCCACGAGAACUUGUGCACAAAGAACGGGCCAACUUGCUUCAAACAUCUCUCCAAUCAGAGAAGCUAUCAAUAAACACAUUUGGUGCUAAGCUUGUUGCUUCAUCGAACAGUACUAUGCCCUUGAGCAUCCAGUAUGAUCCAGUUGAAUCGAAUUCAGUGAGGAGCUGGCUUGAGCGUUGGUCAACUUCCCAUUUCUGGGAGCCACUUCCACGACCCAAAAAGACCCUUGAUACAAAGCCAAAAAGAAAGCAAACCAAAUUGCAAUCUGAAGAAACCGAAACCGGAAGGCCAAAGAGAAGUGCUCGGAGAGUUCCUGCAGCAAAUCUCGAUAAUAAUCCGUUGAAUUCCUCUGAAAACGAAAAACCCAAACGCAUUGCAAGGAAAGUCUCGAGCAUCCAAGCGGAAGCAGUACAAGAGCAAUCUCAUAGUGAACUCGAGAAGGUGAAACGCAAUCUACGAAAAAUUUCCGUAGCUGCUGCCGGGGUUUCUGAGAAACCAGAAGUUCCAACCGAGAAGCUUCCAGCCGAGAAACUUUCUGUUCCUGAGCUGUGUCCAGAUGAGCCACUUGAGAAAGUAAACGAGACCGAUAUCAUAGUAGCAAAACAGCCCGAGCCAGAACCGAUUCCGGCUACACCUAUGGAGGACCAACCGCUUGAUGUUAAUCCUCCACUGGUCGAAACCAAUGGGAAGGUCGAGAAUGAAUCCCAUUUGAACGCGGAAUCAAACGGCAAGGAAAAUCAGAAAACAAGGAGGAGAAAGUCUUUUCCGGCAAAGCAAGAAUAUCCCGAAAGUGUCUCACAGAACUCACCCACCUUGCCAAGCUACAUGGCGGCAACUGAAUCGGCAAAGGCCAAGCUUAGAGCACAGGCGGCGGCAAAGGCGGCAGAAGAUGGAGGUGAAAAUGGUUCUGCCAGGCGGCAUUCUCUGCCCUCCACCACCAGUAAACUCAGCUUACAGUCACCUCGUGUUCAGAAACCAUUACAAGCAAACAGCAAAGGAGGGAGUAAAACUAACAAACCCCAAAUAUCUCCCAGAGAUGAAAAGGUGCUCACAUCAGGGUGGAGGAGGUGAGUGCAGCAAUCGGCAAAUCCCCGAGACCAUCUACUACGUUUCCCGUAUGUUUUUUGUUGUUGAAACUUGUCUCAUGUUGUGGUACAUUAUUAGUCGUUAACGUAUAACCCAGCGUUUCGUUAUUGUUUGUUGUGGGUAUUUUUAUUGUUUUAUUUUGCUUUUUGUGAGUGUUGUUAGCCAAACUGUUUGAUUGUGUAUAGCAAUAUGGAGGUAACCAAGCCAAGUCAAAGCCAAAGCCAAAGCCAAAGCCAAAGCCAAAGCCAAGCCAAGCCAGCCACAGUUAAUUUAAAAGACCAUUGAUGUGUGUUUUCUUCUAUUUGGUUUGAGCAUCUUGGACGUGUGAUCUUAUGAAUUGUGAUGUAUUUAGUAUUAUCCCAUCGUUUCUUUUGUU